CGGAAGGUACGCCGUUUCUUUCUCGGAGGACGUGAGCUUUAUGUGCCCCUGCCCGGACGCUUUCCCCCGACUGUAACGACUUGGUACGCUCCAACCCGUGACCCUCUCGCAGGGGAGCCGGCGUCGCAGCCUGAGAGCUCUGCUGUGGGGAGGGGCCUUCCUCUGCGCGCCACUUUACGCCUUUGGGGGAGCUGCCGCGCGGCUGGCGCGGAAGCGGGUCAAGUCAGCGCGCUUGCGCGGCGGGAAGCCUAGGGGCGCGGCUAGCCCAGACCUUGGCGUUUGCGGCUGAGUACCGCUGCUCGACGCCUAGCGGACACGCUGAGGGGCGUGUCCUUGCGCUCCGCGCCCCGUCAGCCUCUGCUUCUGUUUUCCCGAGAGCAGCCUUUCUCGCGCUUCAUCGGCUCCCGCUUGCUCCGGACAAUGGCGACAAACGGGGUAUUGAACAUUGGUAAAAAGCUCUAUGAGGGUAAAACAAAAGAAGUCUAUGAACUGUUAGAUAGUCCAGGAAGAGUCCUCCUGCAGUCCAAGGACCAAAUUACAGCAGGAAAUGCAGCUAGAAAGAACCACCUGGAAGGAAAAGCAGCCAUCUCCAAUAAAAUCACUAGUUGUAUCUUUCAGUUGUUACAGGAAGCAGGUAUCAAAACUGCUUUCACUAAAAAAUGUGGAGAGACAGCUUUCAUCGCUCCUCAGUGUGAAAUGAUUCCAAUUGAAUGGGUUUGCCGAAGAAUAGCUACAGGCUCUUUUCUCAAAAGAAAUCCUGGUGUGAAGGAAGGAUAUAAGUUUUACCCUCCUAAAGUGGAGAUGUUUUUUAAGGAUGAUGCCAAUAAUGAUCCACAGUGGUCUGAAGAACAACUCAUUGCUGCAAAAUUCUGUUUUGCUGGACUUGUCAUAGGCCAGGCUGAAGUGGAUAUCAUGAGUCAUGCAACACAAGCUAUUUUUGAAAUAUUGGAGAAAGCCUGGUUGCCCCAGAACUGUACACUGGUAGAUAUGAAGAUUGAAUUUGGUGUCGAUAUAACUACCAAAGAGAUUGUUCUUGCUGAUGUUAUUGAUAAUGAUUCCUGGAGACUCUGGCCAUCUGGAGAUCGGAGCCUGCAGAAAGACAAACAGUGUUACCGGGACCUCAAAGAAGUAACUCCUGAAGGCCUCCAGAUGGUAAAGAAAAACUUUGAGUGGGUUGCAGAUAAAAUAGAGUUGCUUCUGAAAUCAGAAAGUCAGUGCAGAGUUGUAGUGUUAAUGGGUUCAACUUCUGAUCUUAGUCACUGUGAGAAAAUCAAGAAGGCUUGUGGAAGUUUUGGGAUUCCAUGUAAACUUCGGGUAACAUCUGCUCAUAAAGGACCAGAUGAAACUCUGAGGAUUAAAGCAGAAUAUGAAGGGGAUGGCAUUCCCACUGUAUUUGUGGCAGUGGCAGGCAGAAGCAAUGGUUUGGGACCAGUGAUGUCUGCUAAUACUGCAUAUCCAGUUAUCAGCUGUCCUCCCAUCACACCAGACUGGGGAGCUCAGGAUGUGUGGUCAUCUCUUCGACUACCCAGUGGUCUUGGCUGUUCGACCAUACUUUCUCCAGAAGGAUCGGCUCAGUUUGCUGCUCAGAUAUUUGGGUUAAAUAACCAUUUGGUAUGGGCCAAACUACGAGCAAGCAUAUUGAACACGUGGAUAUCCCUAAAGCAAGCUGACAAGAAAAUCAAAGAAUGCAAUUUCUGAGAGAUAAUGUCAUUUUUAAUUUUUAGGAGAAAGUUACAUAUUCCUAGCUUAGCUAUGAAAAAAAUUAAAUUUACUAGUGAACAAAUGCUUCUCUAGAUUGGUGGGCUGAAAGACUUAUCUGUUGGUAUUUGUAAUAUUUUUUAACUUUGUAUGGUGGCAUGGGCCUGUAAUCCCAGCAUUUUGGUGGUAGAGGCACCAUGAUCACUUCAAGGAAGCCUUGUGCUAAGUAAUGGGUUCAACACUUAAUUUCACCCACUGUAAUAGUCAUUGUUGGAUAGGUAACAUAAGAGCAAAGAAAUAGUUUAUGUGGCUAGAGAGUUGGCUCAGCAGUUAAGACUACAUGCUGUUCUUGCAGAGGGCUUACAUUGUACAUGGUAAGAAAAAUGUAUUCUCACUGUGUGGUUUGUAAGUUGUAUGGGAGCCGUAUUAGUUGUUAUCUAAGAAAAUAAAUAAUUUUGUGAAUCUAUG